AUGACUUUCAGUGAUGAAUUAAGUGACUGUGAAGUCAAGGGCCCUCUUGGGCAGCCGACCUUUCUGCCGUUAAGCUGUCUAAACGAGAAACUCACCAAGCGGAACAUUUGCUCGCAGUUGCCUCUCUACACUCGGCUCUUUCAUCCUCGUCUCGCUGACAGGAUUGCUCGAGACGCCAAAAGGUUAUUUGCGAUCCUCGUGCUGAUAGAGAAACCUCAUGCCAUGCACUCGAUGAUUCAAGAUGGGUUAACAGAUGAGCAUCUUUCUCUUUCGCUUGAAGAAGAUAUUAAACCUAAAAGUGUUUUGAUAUCCAAAAAGGAUGGGAAAGAUUCGAAAGAAUUCAAGUGUUUUGCCUCCCAAGUGCAAGCCAGGGACUUCUAUGAGAGGCAAUGGAUGGUUCAGGCGCCCUUUUUUAACAUCCCCGGUGGACAUUUCGAGAUGGACACCCACUGCGCUCUACCACUUACUCAGUGCUACGAGGCGGCUUCGGGCCCCUUCGCCGUCGUGUACAAAGGAGCAGUCCAUCCAGCCCAUCACCAGGGCUUCGGGGCGGACGGAUCCGCUCUUCCAGUUGCUGUUAAAGAGUUCAAAACAGAGGAGCUCUUUAAGAAAGAGAAGGAGAAUUUGCAACAAAUCCAGUCUCUUACCCACAAGCACCUCAUCAAGAUCAUCGCGACCUACCAGAUGCUGGGUAUUUCCGAAGCGCUUUUAGCCUUACACUUGGAAAACUGCCGCUACGGAGACCUCAAGCCAGAGAAUGUCCUGCACUUUAAGGAGGGAGCUGAAGAUCCUGGAAUAUUGGUCAUUGCGGAUGUCGGCGUCUCAAAGUUCUAUCAGCAAGUAAUAAAUAUAAGAAAUGAGCCAACAGACACCAGGGCUACAACACCGAUAUACGAAGCGCCGGAAGUACAACCUGACGUGAAAGACCCGCGAUCGCGCAGAUAUGAUAUGUGGUCAAUGGGCUGCAUGUUUCUCGAACACAUCGUUUGGCUCUUAUACGCCCAUGAUGCUAUGCUUCGAUUUCGAAACUCUAGGAAGUCCGUGGAACCGGAAAUAAGAGACGGCAGCUUCUACAGGCGCGUACAGAGGCCGGGGAAGUCUCGGGAUGAGUCCCCAGACCAGUCGUCGGAUCAGUUACCAGAUCCGAAAGAUCUCCUACAUCCUACGGUCUUGAAGGCGUUCGAAAAGCUUCGAGAAGACCCAAAUUGCCAACCUGGGACGGCACUUGGUGAUCUUGUCAAGCUUAUUUCCGAAGAUUUGAUGGUUGGCGUUCAUCAGCGUGUUGGAGCCACUGAAUUGGUCGACAGGCUGAGAAGAAUCGUGGCCGACAGUAAACAUCCAGGCUACUUGCGUAUUGAAUUUGAUGAUCGAGUGAGCAAACAGCGAUUCUUGGAUAUUUUUUCCGCUUGCCAAGCGGGGGUUGAGCAGUAG